UCCUGCUCCUUUAAUUCCCUCCCCUCUUCCUCCUCCCCGAGUUCUCGCCGACGCCGCCGCGCGCGGGGCCUGGAACACACGCCACGAGCCGCCCCCGCCCCUCCCCCCUUACGCCCACGCGGAGCCGGCCCCGCGCGCGCGCCCCGUGCACCCCCGCGCCUGCGCGCUGCCCAGGCCCUGCCCGUGUGUGGGGGCGCAGUCGGCCCCGGGGGGGGGUGGGGGAAAUAGGGGGGGAAAAAAACAGCGCGCGGAACCCGGCCAGGGUGGCCCACCCCCGCCACAAUGGCCUCUGGGGUGGAAGUCCUGCGCUUCCAGCUGCCCGGCCACGAGGCCGCUACGCUGCGGAACAUGAACCAGCUCCGCGCAGAGGAGCGGUUCUGCGAUGUGACCAUCGUGGCCGACAGCCUCAAGUUCCGCGGCCACAAGGUCAUCUUGGCCGCCUGCUCGCCGUUCCUGCGGGACCAGUUCCUGCUGAAUCCCAGCUCUGAGUUGCAGGUCUCCCUGAUGCACAGUGCACGCAUAGUGGCUGACCUGCUCCUUUCUUGCUAUACGGGCGCCCUGGAAUUCGCCGUCAGGGACAUUGUUAACUACCUGACGGCCGCCUCCUACCUGCAGAUGGAGCACGUGGUGGAGAAAUGCCGGAAUGCCCUCAGCCAGUUCAUCGAGCCCAAAAUAGGCCUCAAAGAGGAUGGGGUCAGCGAUGCCAGCCUUGUGAGCAGUGUCAGUGCCACCAAAUCCCUCCUCCCUCCAGCCAGGACCCCGAAGCCAGCCCCCAAACCCCCACCCCCACCCCCUCUCCCCCCUCCACUCCUGCGGCCUGUGAAGCUGGAGUUCCCGCUGGAUGAGGACCUAGAGCUGAAGGCCGAGGAAGAGGAUGAGGACGAGGACGAGGACGUGUCUGACAUCUGCAUCGUCAAGGUGGAAUCGGCCUUGGAGGUGGCACACCGGCUCAAACCUCCCGGAGGCCUGGGAGGAGGUCUGGGCAUCGGAGGCUCUGUGGGCAGCCACCUUGGGGAGCUGGCCCAGAGCAGCGUGCCCCCCAGCACUGUGGCUCCACCGCAGGGCGUGGUGAAAGCCUGCUACAGCCUGUCCGAGGACGCGGAAGGGGAGGGCCUGUUGUUGAUCCCAGGAGGCCGGGCCAGCGUGGGGGCCACCUCAGGGCUGGUGGAGGCAGCAGCGGUGGCCAUGGCUGCCCGGGGGGCGGGGGGCAGCCUGGGGGCGGGGGGCAGUCGGGGACCCCUGCCCGGAGGCUUUUCCAGUGGCAAUCCCCUAAAGAACAUCAAGUGCACCAAGUGCCCAGAAGUGUUCCAGGGCGUGGAGAAGCUGGUCUUCCACAUGCGGGCGCAGCACUUCAUCUUCAUGUGCCCGCGCUGCGGCAAGCAGUUCAACCACAGCAGCAACCUCAACCGCCACAUGAACGUGCACCGCGGCGUCAAGUCGCACUCGUGUGGCAUCUGCGGCAAGUGCUUCACGCAGAAGUCCACGCUGCACGACCACCUCAACCUCCACUCGGGAGCGAGGCCCUAUCGCUGUUCCUACUGCGAUGUGCGCUUCGCUCACAAGCCUGCCAUUAGGCGGCACCUCAAGGAGCAGCACGGCAAGACCACGGCCGAGAACGUGCUGGAGGCCAGCGUGGCUGAGAUCAACGUCCUCAUCCGCUAGUGCUAACGUGGCAGGCGCUGGGUCCCUGGGCUGGGGCGGGGGGAAGGGGGCUCCUUGGUCCAGGAGAAUAGGGGGGUUUGGAGAGCAGGGGCAGGCAGGUGCGGUGGGGAGCCUGAGCAGACACACACAUCCUGAGGGAGGGGCCGAAGAUUCCUUAGAGAGAAGACCCUGCCCCUUCAGAAGAAAAGGAUGGACAGGGAGAGAGUUCUUUGAGAAGGCCAAGGGAAUAGGGGGUCCCAGAGAAAGAUUUUCUUCUCUUGGAGGUGCAUGGAUAUGUGGAGGGAGGGAAAACGUCCUAUGGGAUGAGGAGGGAAAAAGACUGGAAAAUAUUUUAUUCCUGGCUACGGCUGCCCAGGAAGAGGU